CUCUGACUUGCCCGGCCCUCUCACCAUCUCGCAGCAUGAGCAGUCUAGCGAGCUCUAAAAAGCUUCGCAUUGGAUUCAUUCACCCAGAUCUCGGCAUUGGCGGGGCUGAGCGCCUUGUCGUCGAUGCCGCGGUCGCCCUCAAGAACCUCGGUCACGAGGUCGUCAUGUUCACCUCGCGACACGACCCAGCGCGCUGCUUCGAGGAGACACGUGAUGGCACGCUGCCCGUGCACGUUCUGGGCGGGUCGUUGCCACGCAGCCUGCACUCGAAGCUGCCCAUGACGAUCGUAUUCUCUAUUCUUCGCUCGCUUCUCCUCACCCUCCUUCUAUUCCUUUCUCAGGUAAUUCCGCCUCCCGCGGGCUAUAUCAACCCUCUCGCGCCGCUGGGGAAGUUUGACGUUUUCUUCGUCGACCAGCAGUCGGUGUGCGUGCCGUUCCUACGCAUGUUGACGGGCACGCCCGUGGUGUUCUACUGCCAUUUCCCAGAUAAGCUGCUCAGCGGCGGGUGGGAGAUUAGUGCGGGCGAUACCGGGGUUGACCUUGCCCAGCGAGGCGCGGGGCGCCAGAGUCUCCUCAAACGCGCGUAUCGGUGGCCUAUUGACCGGUUGGAAGAGUUCACAACGGGCCAGGCAGACGUGAUCCUUGCCAAUUCGAAGUUUUCGUCCCGCGUGUACGCGGCUGCGUUUCCUUCGCUCGCCAGGAAUCCACCCAAGGUGGUGUAUCCCUGCAUCGACGUGAACGAGUACACCAAAGCUCAGAAGGGCAAAGGAAAAGAAAUAUCAGCGGUCGCACUCAUCGCCUCUGAUCGCCCGACGCUUAUAUCCCUCAAUCGCUUUGAGGCGAAGAAGAACGUCGCAUUGGCGAUCGAGUCCUUCGCUCAGAUAAAGCGCGGUGGCCUCGUUCCUGUCUCGGUUGCGCAGCGACUGCGCCUGGUCGUCGGAGGAGGUUACGACGAUGCGCAGGCGGACAAUCGGGAUACGCUUGCUGCAAAUCAAGCGCUUUGUGAGCGCCUCGGUUUGAGCUACUACACCAUCAAGACGACGACAUCUCCACCUCCAUCGGAGGAGGUAGACGUUCUCUUCAUUCUGAACUUCACAACUGAGCAGCGUUCUGCCCUUCUCUUGUCCUCGCACACCCUGGCGUUGCUGUACACUCCCACCAACGAGCACUUCGGAAUUGUGCCGAUCGAGGCAAUGGCAUGUGGACUUCCUGUGCUGGCCUGCAAUACUGGAGGACCGACUGAGACCGUCGUCGAAGGCGAGACAGGAUAUCUCCGGCCUCCCUCGGCUGAGGAGUGGGCACCCGCACUCGCGGCACUGAUCAACUUGUCGACCGAAGAGCGCUCGCGCAUCGCCAAGAACGGCAAAACGCGCGUACGCGAGCAGUUCUCUUCGUCCACCCUGGGGCGCGAGCUUGACGCCGCAUGCCGCCAGGCUGCCAACAAGCCCGAUCCCCAGACGACAAUGGGUGACAAGUUCAUCCGCUUUGGCGUCACCAUGAUCGCUCUCUCGGGAGUUAUGCUCGUAAUGACCCUUUGGAUAGGGCAAUAGAUUCUUAGAUAUAUCGAUACAGUAAAUGCUGCAGUAGUAGUACAUCUAGAGUUUUCCAAACUCCCAAACAGCCAGGCGCGC